GUUUCUCAUGUGGAAUGUUAACAACAAUACUUCUCCUAACGAACCGGAUUCCUGGGCUUUGAGUCUGGUGGAUCGUCUGGUCGCCGAGGCUCCGGUAACGGAGACGAUGUUCCGGGCAGAUGUUUUGGUGAUUGGAAAUGGAACUGACCAGACUCGAUAUUCUUUGGUUCAGUGCAGCAGAGAUAUAAGUGUUGACGAUUGCAGGACUUGUCUUAGGCUUAUGACGAAUCAAAUUCAGGGUUGUUGUCAGGGGAGAAAAGGUUGGAGGAUUUUGACUCCCAGUUGCAAUAUCAGAUACGAGGAAUACAGCUUCUUCACCACUCCAGAUCCUCCUACAGGAAACACAACCAAUAACACAACCAACUUUUCAAAAAGAAAGAAGAACUCAACCAAGAUUAUACUUUCCAUUGUUUUACCCAUAAGUGCAGUGUCCAUGGUUGUCUUCGGAUUCCUCUUUUACCGUUGUAAAAGUAUUAGAAAAGACAAAGAAAAUCUAGGGAGAAGCCAAGAGAUCUUAAUGAGUAAUGAUUAUACGGAUGAGGAUAGAAUGGACUUGAAGGAUGGAGAUGACGGUGCUGGAGAGAUACACUUCUUUGAUAUUUCUACCAUAGAAACUGCUACUAACAAUUUCUCUGCUGCAAAUAAGCUUGGACAAGGCGGAUUUGGACCUGUUUACAAGGGAACACUGGUUGAUGGAAAGGAAAUAGCAGUUAAGAGGCUGUCAAGGAAUUCGGGUCAAGGAGUUGGGGAGUUCAAGACUGAAGUGAGGUUGAUAGUGAAGCUUCAACAUCGAAAUCUUGUCAGGCUAUUAGGUUGCUGCAUCGAGCGACAAGAAAAGCUCUUGAUUUACGAAUACUUGCCCAACCUAAGUCUUGAUGCCUUCUUAUUUGAUGCUACAAGAUCUCGAGAAUUGGAUUGGGCUAAACGGUCGAAUAUAGUCAAUGGUGUGGCGAAAGGUCUUCUUUAUCUGCACGAAGAUUCUCGGCUGAAAAUCAUACACAGGGAUCUAAAAGCAAGCAACAUCUUGCUGGAUGCCGAUAUGAACCCAAAGAUAUCAGAUUUCGGCACUGCCAGGAUUGUUGGAGGCAACCAAAUUGAAAUCAGCACACAGCGAAUUGUCGGAACAUACGGGUACAUGGCACCGGAGUAUGCAAUGGAAGGGAUAUUUUCGAUCAAAUCAGACGUUUAUAGUUUUGGUGUUUUGUUGCUCGAGAUCGUGAGCGGAAGGAAAAAUUCAACAGCUUUUGGUCAGACGCCGCAUGUCCACAACUUAUUAUCACAAGCAUGGAAGCAGUGGAAUAGUGGGAAAAUUGAGGAGUUGAUAGACGGGACAACCGUAGAAAGUUGGUCGAUAGAAGAGGCAGUUAAAUGGACUAACAUUGCGUUGUUGUGUGUACAAGAGAAUCCCGAAGCCCGACCCACAAUGUCCUCGGUUGUUCUCAUGCUUGGAAACCAAUGGACAAGCCUUCCUCGACCUGUGGAAGCACCGUUUUCUGUUGGUCGGUUUUCAGCGUCAACUGGAGCCGAGACUGUAUCUAUCAGUUCGUCGCAUCAAACUUCUACUAGCAAUUCAAACUAGGUAGUGAUUGUAUAAUGAUGGACACAGAAUUCAAUUUAUAAUUUAAACAUGUAUGAC